UGCAAUACGCAGACUGCAUUCUAAUACAAUGAAGACUUUACUAAACAAAACCUGGAAGUUAUGUGUUCUUCAGAUUCUAUUCAUCUCAGCUUCAUCUGCCGUACAUGGGCCAAGUGAUCUGAUUGCUAGUCUUGGAGAAUCCAUUACCAUAGCAUGUCAGUAUGAUGACAAGAAUGCAAGGGCUGCUAAUAAGUACUGGUGUAAAGGAGAUAACAGAUUUACAUGUUAUGUUGUGGUUCAGACUAACGGAUCUGAAACAAUUGUACAGAAGGACAGAACAUCAAUCAUGGACAAUCAAACCAUUCAGGUUUUUUACGUAACGGUGGUGGAUCUCAGCGGAGAUGAUAAUGGAUCAUACUGGUGCGGAAUUGAUAUACUAGGACUAGAUGCUGUUCAUCAGGUUAAGUUAACAGUAAUUAAAGCUUCUACAGUUACUGCACCAACAUCCAGACAGUUUCCAAAUAUAGCAGAGAUAACUAUCACCAGUAUUAUCAAUGGUCAAAAUGCUGCUGAAAGGCACCAGACUAACAAUGUCCUGGUUCUAACCAUCUUGGCAGUUCUUCUUGUGAUGGUACUUUUUGUGGCUGUCAUCUUUAUAACAAAGUUACAUACUAAAAAAACAAUAAGAAACAACAGAACACCAAAGGAGAUCCAGCCCACUGUUUUGACUUUGCACAGUGAUACCUGUUAUUCAGGCAUCAGAAAUGAUGCAGUGCUGGAAAACCUUUCUCCAACAUAUGUGAAUGCUGAAACUUUUCGUAAAGAUGAACAAAUCCACUCUGGCAUAAAAACUUACCCAGGCCAGCAAGAGAGUGUGCACGAGGAUGUUGAGUAUGCAAGUCUGUCAUUUACUAAAGACAAAUAGUGUGAAGAACACUUUCAUGUGUUAAUGGAUUCCCCUACUGUAUACACGGCAACCACCACAGUAACAAGUGACAAAAGACAUACAAGAGCUUUUCAUACAUUUAAUGGAAUCCCUGCCUUUCUGUUGUAAUGCCAUAAAUAAAUUAGAGAAAGCUAACAUGAACUUGCAAAACAUGUGCAUUAUCACUGUUGGUCACUUUGUACAUAGUGGAAAAAUUCUUGAUCUGUAAAUUUAGAGAAGUGUAUUCUGAAAAGGAUGUCUUCAAAUGCCUUUAGUAUAUACAAAUUAUUUGAAUCUGUUUUGUUUUGAAUAAAUGCAUUUCAUGAAGAUACAUUUU